CAACCUGUUGUGGGAAUGGAUGUCAUUUGUGACCACUCCCGGGCUGUACCAGGAAGAGGCUACUCCUGGUGCCAGAACCUCUUGGUGUCAGUGCCCUCUGUAGACCCUGUGGCCCUGACUCCUGGCCCCACCCCUCGAGUAAACGCUGUGGCUCCUCUCUCAGAUCAUCUUAUAAAUGCUGUCCCGCUGCCUGGCCUGACAGGCCACCUCAGACCCAGCCAACAGAGAUUGCUGAUUUCCUCCUGGAGCAAAGAUCCCCCACUGCUCAGCAUGGCUCAGACCAGCUCAUGCUUCAUCCUCCUCUCCUGCCUGACCUUCCUGUCUCUGAGCCAAGGCCAGGAGGUCCACACAGAGCUGCCCAAAGCCCGGAUCAGCUGCCCGGAAGGCACCAAUGCCUAUCGCUCCUACUGCUACUUCUUUAAUGAAGACCGUGAGACCUGGGUUGAUGCAGAGCUCUACUGCCAGAACAUGCAUUCGGGCAACCUAGUGUCUGUGCUCACCCAGGCCGAGAGUGCCUUCGUGGCCUCCCUGAUUAAGGAAAGCAGCACUGGUGACUGCAACGUCUGGACUGGCCUUCAUGAUCCCAAGAAGAACCGCCGCUGGCACUGGAGCAGUGGGUCCCUGGUCUCCUACAAAUCCUGGGACACGGGAGCUCCGAAUAGUGACAAUCCUGGCUUCUGUGCCAGCCUGACUUCAAACUCAGGAUAUAAGAAAUGGAAGGAUGAGGAUUGUGAUGCAACGUUCUCCUUUGUCUGCAAAUUCAAAAACUAGAAGCAUCUGGAAUAUAUGUGUCUAGAAUUUGUUACUAUGAAAGGAAAAAUUAAACUGAGCCAUCUCUCCAAGUCAACUUGAACGUUUUCUUCCUUGCUCCAUUUAUAUUGCUAACCUUCAGUACUUUUACCCACCCAAAUCUUUGGAACCAUAAAUAAUUAAAAUAAACAUAUUUGCCCCCAA